UCAAGCGUAGCCUGUUUAUUUGUGUUCCUUUACCCCUGGAACGUGUUAUAUAAACACAAUCACAAACGGGUUUUAACUUUUCAGGGUUCAAAGAAAAAGAAAGCAAAAGUUUGUGAUAACCAGAAACUGCAAGCAACAUGGUAGUCCUCAACAACCUUCAUUGUUCUCUUUCUUCUGCGACUGGGAACGUGUUAUUUCUCCCUGCAGGUCAUCAUUCUGUAAGCAGCAACACGAGACUCUUCAAUGGUAAUGUAUUCUCUCGCUCCAAGAAUCAGAGAGUUACAAUAAGGAACUCUUCUUCUCAGCCUUAUAUUGACCAACUGAAUAAUGCAAAAUUGAUAUAUUCAGUUGCUCCAUCCAUGGGCCACAAUAAGAAAUCUCAUCCAGAGUCGCACUUUCGAGUUCCUUCAAUUGUGCUUGCUCUAGAACAAUUGGAGCUAACUCCAGAAUUUCGCGACUCUGGAGAGAUAAUUGAAAUCAAAGAUUUCAACCCCGCCUCGGUCGAUGACAUUGCAAGUGUCCAUGAAAGAGACUAUGUUUCUUUGCUUGAGUUUUUGGAUUCAACUAUGAAAAAGGACGUAGUUUUUAAUAUUGGCGGUGGACCAACAUAUGCUACUGAAACAACCUUUCAGGAUUCAAUGGUUGCAGCUGGUGCUGGAUUAGCCUUACUUGAUUCAGUGGUUGCAGCUUCAAAGAUAAACAAAGAUCCACCUGUUGGUUUUGCUUUGAUAAGACCACCAGGACACCAUGCUGUUCAGCAUAAACCGAUGGGCUUCUGCGUUUUUGGUAAUGUUGCGAUUGCAGCACGUUAUGCUCAGCGUGUUCAUGGACUAAAGCGAGUUUUUAUAAUUGAUUUUGAUGCUCACCAUGGGAAUGGAACGAAUGACGCUUUCUAUGAUGAUCCAGAUGUAUUUUUCCUAUCUUUCCAUCAAGAUGGAAGCUAUCCGGGUACCGGUAAAUUCAAUGAGGCAGGAGCCGGUGCUGGUGAAGGAGCCACGCUGAAUCUGCCUCUCCCAGCAGGGUCAGGUGAUGCUGCUGUUAGAGCUGUGUUUGAUGAAGUUGUUGUGCCAUGUGCUCAAAGGUUUAAGCCAGACAUCAUUCUUGUUUCUGCUGGGUAUGAUGGUCAUGUGUUGAUUCCACUGGCACAACUUCAAUUUACAACUGGUACAUAUUACAUGCUUGCAUCUGGUAUCAAAGAAUUAGCAAGGGAUUUAUGUGGGGGGCGAUGUGUGUUUUUCUUGGAAGGAGGAUAUAAUCUUGAGUCUCUUGCACUUUCAGUGGCUGACACAUUCCAUGCUCUCAUUGGGGAUCCAAGCUUGGCAUCUGAGUUCGAUGACCCCAAUGUUUUGUGUGAAGAGCCAAAAGCUCAGGUUAAGGAAGCAAUUCAGAGGAUUAAACAUAUUCAUUCCCUGUGAUUUUGAAAAAUAUCUAUUAGCAUUAUAUUGUUUUAUU